AUGCACUCACAAGCAACCUGUUCUACUGGGUUCAACCAAGAAACCGGCAGAGUGAGUCUCUUGAACCAAUCCAAUAUCUUUCAGCAACUAAUAAACCGCCUUAGCCAAUCUUCGACGAUGAUAUUACCGCCAAGGCAUGCGAGGCCUACAGACAGGACGUCACAGGCUCUGAAGAUGGAGAACAGUGUAACGAUUGCACUGUAAUCCACAAUAUAGUUCCAGGUACAUCAGUAGUCUGCGGCAGUCCAGAUGAGAGCAUUGGUGGUAAAGAGGUAACUAUCUUCCUUCUUAAGCACCCUGCAGGGUUGAGUAAACAGGAACUAAUCGUUCUUAAUAGUGGGAGGGAUUCUGCAAACAAUUCGGUGGUGUCAGAGGACACGCCAACAACGACUAAAUGGUUAAAAACUUCAGUUUCUGAUAGUUCCUUGGUGCCGGUUGCGGAGAGACAGGAAGUUAAUGUUACUUGUAUGAAGCGAAUAGAUUAA